UGGGCUUCGAUAGCACUGUGUACUCCAGCUUGGCACUAGCCUUGUCAUGGUCAGUCCAGUCUAUCUUAGCACUCGGCAUUAGGCAUCUUUUUUCGCAAGGAAGAACCUCCCAUGAUGUAUAUCUGCGGCCGGCUACUUCGAGAGCGAACGUUUGGGAUUGUAGCCACUUCCGACGCCUCACGGCGUAGAGGAUUUCGGCUCUCCUAGACAGCAAUCGCCAUUCUUUGCCAGGUGGAGUCAGGCCAUAUGGCCAAUUCUCCAUGUGGAAAACCGGCGAGGGCAUAGUCCUCAUUAUUUUAUAUAGUUUACUUUGUGUGAGAAACUGGGUAGGGGAAAGGCGGUCAAAAUGGCUGUAAUACACGUCACUUCAGGUCUUUCUGUUUUAAAUCCUGCCCUUCCAUCCUUCCUCUUCAUCAUUACAUUAGUCGUGACAAUGCAGGCAGAGGCAUCCAUAGAAACCAAAACAGGAGUAACAUCCAUUGUGAUAGAUCGUGAGAAGCUUUGUCCAUUCCUGUUGAAAAUGUACUACAAUCCAGGGCAGCAUCAUCGAGUCGAUGACUUUACGCCUGUUUCGACACCUCCACAGUCAGAAGAGUUGCGACUCUAUACAUGGAAAAACGCGACGCUUGGAGAGAUUGCAUUUCUUGUAAAGCAGGCAAUCCCUGAUUUAUUAUCAGAAGCUGGAUCAGAUGCCCAGCUUGUAUUUCGACAUAUCUAUCUUGAUCAGACAAAAGGCAUUUUUGUUGGAAAGGACGUUGGAAGCGUGCGCUUGGAUAACCCACAUCUGGAUUCAUUAGCGAAUGCACCGACGCAAUUGGAGGAGCUUGUCAUAAAGGAUGAUAAUGAUGACCAUAAUGACCACGUCGAGCACGGUGAAAGAUCAGGGUCAAGUAUAGCCAUAGCCGGUGUAACAGCAGCCUUAUCAGGAAAAAGCGCCAGCAAGGAAUAUGAAAAAACAUUGAACGAUUUCAGAUUUGUAAUUGGCGAUUACCUGGAUAUUGCAAUUACAUCACCGACACCUAGAUUUCUGUCGCGUAAUGCGAGAAAGGAGCAGCAACCAAUGCGUUCUGCAGGGGGAAUUAGUAAUCGAGGUGGCCCACAACGUAAUAGCCGUUCAGGACAAAAACAUAGUCGACACGGGCGUGGCGCUGGAGUGGAGGUUGGAGGAGAGCGAAUGAAUCCGCUUGGUGACCGGUUUGCAGGUCGACUAGGAGGAGCAUUUAGUACCAUUGGUAGUAGUCGGAAUGGGCAUGGACAAGGAUUUGGAAGGCGAAGCGGGCAAUUUGGAUUGGAUGUUCAGAAUGAGCCAAGCUGGAAGGGGCGUGGACGUGGCCGGUAGUUCUAAUUUACUGACUAACAUUGGGUUACUCUAAAUGCUUAAAGUGUGAAAUAAACCCG